AUGCUCUACUGCAAUAUAUGGAGAACUUUGGAUGGAAAAACCUAAAAUCUGGUGCCUGGCAGCUUUGUUCUCUAUUCAAGACAAACGUGUCAAAUGCUGACAAAAUCCAGUGCACGUUGCAGAGAGCCAGAUGCGAGUACUCAGAAGGGGAAUUUUUAGGAGGGAUCUACCAGAAGUGCUGGAAGUGUUGCAGCACUUUACACAGAGACAACUCGGAUCUUUCCUCAUAUAGCCAGAGUUUUGAAACCUUGUCACCCUCCUCACCAUCAGUAGUACUGGUCCCCACUUGUUGUCAUUACUGUUUCCCAUACUUCCACAAUGAUUCAUCAGGGCUCUAAUGCCCUGCUCCGCUCUCCUUGUGGCUCCCAGGGGGAGGACAGGCCUUCAGGGAAAGCCGGUUCAGCCCAUCCCCAAGGGGAAAACGGCAGGGCUGGGCCCAGCCUUGACACAAGCAGCCAGCCCUUGCCCAACCACUCUCUCUCUCUCCAUAAGGCUCCGGAGAAAAGAAAGCAGAAAAAGAUUAAUAUAGACGAAGCUGAAGAGUUCUUCGACCUCAUAUCCAAAGCUCAGAGCAACCGAGCAGACGACCAGCGAGGCCUGCUAAACAAAAACGACCUGCAGCUCCCAGACUUUCUGCGCCUGUCGCCAGUGGCAACAAACCAGACUCCACCUGCUCCCCACAACUCUGAACCAAGUUGCUCCACCCCUAAUUCUCAUCACUCCAACAACGGCAGCUUCCCUCGGAGCGGUCACCGGGGCAAUAAGGCAAAUGGCGGAGACAGGGGAGGAGGAGGAGGCGGCACCCACUUGCUUAAUGCAAGCCAUCAGUCCCAGAGCUUGGACUCUGGAAUGGGCACUGAGAGUGGAAGAGGGGAGAGAAGCAGACCACCUCCUCCAUUUCCUGGCACAGUCUCCCCCAUCCACCCAAGUCAGGGAGCCCAGCGAGGUCUCCUCCAGGACUCUGGCAGGGGAGAAUCAGUCCAGAUGCUGGAGGAGGACACUCUUUCCGAUCUGACUCUAGUGGGCGAGGGGGACAUUAACAGCCCCAGCCUCAACUACGUCACUCCCUCUUCCCUUCCCAGCAAACCCCACCCCCGUCCCAAAUCACAAGCACAGGAUGGUCGGCCUAGCUCAGGUACACCCCCAGUGUGAACUCUUUAAACUUUAAAGUUUCACCUCCUUUUUUUUCUUUCACCUGACUGUAAGCGGGACUGGAGUCCUGCCGGAGUCAGUA